UUGUAUGCCCUUUUUCUCCUCUUCGACCCGAGAGAGACCGGAACCAGAUCUCAACGUUCCAUUUCUCUUUAUCCUCUAACUCCCAGAGCUUCUCAACUGUUCGUCAGUGGAAUUUCCGGCGUCAAUCGAUAUCUUCCGUCGCCGCCGGAUUCCAUCUGGGAACAACCAUCCAGGACUUAUUUGGAGUUCGAUUCUUUCUGGAUUUGAAGAAAUAUGGCAUCUCGAAACCAGAAUAGGGCCCCUCGUAGUCCAGCUAAGAAGGAUAUUCCAGAGGAUGUUCCCUUCGACAAACGGAGGAAGAUUGCAGCUGGAAGAAUGUUAGGGCCUACAGCAGGUGCCCGCGGAAGACAGCCGUUUGUAGAUGUUAAUAAUAGGCAGGGGGUUUCUGCUAAUGAUGCGUGUAGCACCGAGGAUUCUGAAUGUGGCACCGUGGAGUUCACAAAAGAAGAGGUUGAUGCGUUGUUAAGCGAGAAGUUUAAAGGGAAGAAAUUUGACACGAAGGGAAAAAUUGAUCAACUGACUGAUCAUAAUAAGAGGCUUAAGCUUUGCAUCAAAUGGUUCCAACAAGUCGAGGAAAGCCAUCUUCUUGAGGAGGAAAGACUUCGAACUUCUCUGGAAUCUGCUGAGAAAAAGUGCUCUGCUAUAGAAUUGGAAAUGAAAGAAAGAGAGGAUGAAUUAUCUUCUACUGUUUCUGAGCUAAGGAGUAAUGUUUCAUCAUUGGAAGACAAAUUUUCCAAAGAAGAAUCUGAUAAGUUGGAUGCAAUUGAGUGUCAUAAAAGAGAGAAAGAUGCCCGACUUGCAGUAGAGAAUUUGCAAGCUUCUCUUUCAAGCAACCUAGAGAAAGCUCUCCAAGAGAAAUUAGCCGCUGAAAAGAGGCUUGCCUCUAAUGAAGAUUUGUACAAGAGGGCACAAGAGUAUAAUAUUAGUCUUCAACAGUAUAAUAGUAAACUCCAAGCUGACCUUGAUUCAACCAGUGAGUCACUCAAAAGAGUAGGAAUGGAGAAAAUGACAGUUGUUGAGAAUCUUAGCACUUUCAGGGGUCACAACAAGACGCUGCAGGACCAAUUAAAAUCUUUGAAAGCAUCAUUAGAGGAGGCAGUGAAACAAAAAGAUACAUUGACGAAUGACAUCAAGUGUCUUCGGGAAGAGCUACAACAAGUGAGAAAUGAUCGUGAACGGCUAACAAGUCAGGUGCAUGCCUUGAACGCUGAAGUGGAGAAACAUAGAGAGUUCAGCGGCAAAUCAUGUAUCGAGUUGGAUAGCCUGAUAGUCAAAACUAAUGCCUUAGAGGAGACAUGCUCUUCACAGAGGGAGCAAAUACGCGUGCUUGACCACCAACUAACAGCUGCAAAUGAAAAAUUAAAAGUGGCAGAUUUAUCUGCUUUCCAAACGAGGUCAGAAUAUGAAGAACAGAAAAGGUAUACCAGCGACCUGCAAAGCCGCCUGGCAGAUGCAGAGCUGCAAAUUACAGAGGGAGAGAAGUUAAGGAAAAAACUUCACAACACAAUACUGGAAUUAAAAGGGAAUAUUCGAGUAUUCUGCCGAGUGCGCCCCAUGCUACCAGAUGAUGGUGUAGGAGCAGAAACCACGGUUGUCUCCUAUCCAACAUCAACAGAAGCUCUUGGCCGGGGUAUCGAUUUGUCACAAACUGGACAGAAAUAUCCCUUCACAUUCGAUAAGGUGUUUAAUCAUGAGACUUCUCAACAGGAUGUUUUUGUAGAAAUAUCCCAGCUGGUGCAGAGUGCACUUGAUGGCUAUAAGGUUUGCAUAUUUGCUUAUGGUCAGACAGGAUCCGGUAAAACUUAUACAAUGAUGGGAAGGCCCGAAGCUCCAGAGCAGAAAGGGAUGAUACCGCGUUCUCUUGAACAGAUAUUUCAAGCUAGUCAGUCCCUUCAGUCUCAGGGUUGGAAAUACAAAAUGCAGGUUUCCAUGUUAGAAAUAUACAACGAAACCAUCCGUGAUUUACUGUCUACACAUCGGUCAAGUAGUUUUGACAUAACAAGGACAGAAAACGGGGUUCUUGGUAAACAGUACACCAUUAAACAUGAUGCAAAUGGGAACACACACGUUUCAGAUCUCACCAUCAUUGAUGUCUGCAGUAUUAGAGAGAUCUCUUCACUCCUACAGCAGGCUGGCCACAGCAGGUCCGUAGGCAGGACUCAAAUGAACGAGCAAUCAUCAAGAAGUCAUUUUGUAUUUACACUUCGUAUAUCAGGCGUAAAUGAGAGCACUGAACAACAAGUUCAGGGGGUGCUAAAUCUUAUUGACCUUGCUGGGAGUGAACGGCUUUCAAGAAGUGGGGCAACUGGGGAUCGGUUGAAGGAAACACAGGCUAUAAACAAAAGUUUGUCGUGUUUGAGCGAUGUUAUAUUUGCCUUGGCUAAGAAGGAAGACCAUGUUCCAUUUAGGAACUCCAAGCUUACAUAUCUUCUUCAGCCAUGCCUAGGCGGAGACUCAAAAACAUUGAUGUUUGUGAAUAUCUCCCCGGAUCCAUCAUCUGUGAAUGAGUCGCUUUGCUCCCUUCGGUUUGCGGCCAGAGUGAAUGCGUGUGAAAUCGGAAUCCCUCGCCGGCAAACAACCAUGCGACCGGUAGAUUCCCGGUUGAGUUAUGGCUAAAAAAAUGGGUUAGUUGUUACUCUUGCAUUAGCAUACAUAAAUCUUAUUUGUCACAGGGGUUGGCUGUACUAUUACUGAGUGUUGUGUAGAUGUUUGGUGUUGGGAUCAACUACUAAUUUGUAUUCAUAUCAGGGUUAGAAUCAGGCUGUGCGAUUUUAACAUGAUUUUUCUUUUCUUCUUUUUCCCUGUACAACAGUUUAUGAUCUUAUGAACCUAAAGAUAAAUAUCUCUCAUAUUUCUAAUCCAUUCCUUGUUUUUCUCUCAA